AUGACUGACUGGAGGAAACAUCAAGCUGAGUGUGGUGCAGGUGAAAGAAUGUACGCCCACAGUGAGCAGAGGAGAAACUUUACCUCUAAAGCCUUUCACAAGAGCACAGCAACCCCUCUGCUUCCACCAAGACCAUGGUCCUAUGGUGACAGAGGCUCGGAGCCUUUGGGCCUCCAAGUGCAGGGGUUUUGCUGUCCCUUCCAGCAGAGGCCUAACUUUGGGAGGGUGACAGACAGCGCAAAACCACAGAGCCGAGGAGGAGGCAGGAGGCUGAUACUGCUGAGCGAGGUCAAGGGAAGGCUGGAGAUCAGAGCAAGAGCAGCGUCGAGGGUCAGGACUGGGAGCAGCGCUGAGGUUACCCCAGAAGACAAAGUCCCCACUGAGCGCGUUCACAGAGGGCCACUCAGUGAGACAGCAGAAACUCCCACACACCCCUGUGGCAAUGAGUGGCAGGCUCAUCAGACACAGCCUGGCGCCCCUAAGGUUCCAGUACUCCAUCUGUAUCUGCCUUCAUCACUCUAUGAGGAUGAGGAACAGGAUGCUGAGGCAGAGGAGAUGAGGCCUUCAGCAGAAAGGACUGAUGUCCCACCAAGCACAGGAGGCUCUCCAGAGUUUCCACAGGACAGCGACCUGCCUGUGGACUCCAGAGAGCAGCUGAACACAGCAGUACACAGCGCACCACAGACCCCUUCUGAUGACAUCACACUGGAGGACUGA